AUGAAUAAGUGUGUUCAACAUAAUAAAAAACUUGAUAUAUUAUGUACAAGUUGUAAUGUUGUAAUAUGUUAUCGUUGUCUCAUGUCGAAUCACAAUCAACAUCGUAUACUACAUACAGAUGAUAUCAAACAAUCACUUUUAGAUAUAGAUUAUUCUGUUGUUUAUAAAGAUAAAAGUGAUAAGAAAGAUAAUGAGUUAGAGAAUAAUAAUAAUAAUAACACUAGUAACGAUAAUAUAAACAAAGAAAAUAAUAAAAAUAAAGAUAAUAUUUUACAAGAUAGAAUAGAAUGGUUAUGGAAUAAAUCAAAAGAGACAGUCAAUCAUAUUCAAAAACUUAGUAAAAUGGAGAAUGAUAUCAGUGAUCAUUUCGAACAGUAUUAUGAAAUGUUAAUGAAAGAAGAAAGAAAACUAAAGAAACCUAUCAUUGAUGAAUUAGAUCAAACCAAACAACAACUCGCUCAAAUCAUCAAAGAAAUACAAUCAUUACACAAUAUCAUUCAAUCAAUCACUCCAACUCUUAAACCAGAUGAACAUAAUAGUAAUGAUAGUAAUGAUAAAUUAGAUGAUAAUCAUACAAAUAAGAAUAAUAAUAAUGAAGAUAUUCCCUCAGAUAUAGCAACAAUCAAUUAUUCACUUCCAACAUUGGUUGAAUCAAUUAAACAAUCAACAACAUUUGAACAAUUCAUUCAUAAUAAUAGUAAUACAAUAUUCAAUAUUCAACAACAAAACAACAAUGAAAUCAUUGAAUAUUUAAAUAAUAAAAAUGAAAUCAACAAGAAUAAGAAACAAAUUAAUAAUGAUAAUAUCAAAUCAAAAAAUAAUCACAAUGAUAAUUCAAUUUUAGAGAUCAUUCGUAAUCAUUUCGAUCAACACAACAUCGAUUUCAAUCAAAUAUUAAAUAUGAAUAAUUAUUUUUUAAUUUUAAGGCCUACUGAAUAUCAGAGUCAUUUUGAUGGAAUUAGAUAUUUCAUUAAAAAAGAUCUUUAUAUUGAUUUUAUUAAUCAAUCAAUUAAUAAUAAAUAUAAUUCAUGCUUUAUCAGAAUGGAUCAAGACAAUGUAUUAUCAUUAUACAAAGGUGAUUUUAAAUCUGGCAAUCAAUUGGAAUUGAUGGAGAAUCAAUCAAAAGAGUUGGUCGAACUAUUAGAACAACCUCAAAACUCUGCACCCACUCUCAUUGCAUCAUCAAACACCACCAUCUAUUUCUUCUUUAAUAAAAAUCAAUUCAUUGCCUAUUCAAUCAUUGACAAGACACUCAUAAAAUCAAACUAUUAUGGUUUUCAAUUAAAUUUCAUGAAUAAACCUGUAACUUGCUUCAAAGAACCAUUCUACAUCUACUUCUAUGGCAAGGGUAAAGUUAGUGGCGGAAAUAACUUGAUACUAAGAUACAAUACAAUACAACAAACUGUUGAACAAUUGUUUGUUGACAAAGACUCGAUAAAAAGAAUACCAUUGGCAUUGUUUAGUAGCUAUCUCAACCUAUACUCGAUGUAUUAUGAUGCUUCAACAAAGGAGAUUGUUUUAGUUGAGUUCAUGUCAAAUUCGUUUGAAGUUAGUUUCUCCGUUGCAAUUAUCAAAAACAUCGUACCAACAUUUUUCAGCUAUUUCUACGAAGGUGCUGACUUGGUGUAUCUUUAUUAUGGCGAUGUCGACUCUGACUAUUUCAUCAAGUUUAACAUUUCUAACUCUAAAAUAAACAUCAUUAAACUCGCCACCAUCGAAGGACGUGCCAAGGUCGAUUCUCGCAACAAUAAAUUGUUGUUGUUGACACCAAUGGCUUCCAAUUAUGAAAUUAAAGAAAAUAAAAAGAUCAAUAUUUUCACCAAAGAUCAAAACUAUGUCUUUUCUGUAAAAGACAAAUCAUGGCAACAAUCUCAUCUUCAGUCAUCGAAUAUUCAACAUAUAGCGAAAUAUAACAAAUAA